AUGGUUUCAGUGGUUAUCAUUAUUUUAAAUUUAUUAUUAUCUUCAUCAGUAAUAUUAUCGGAUGAUUAUUUGGAGAAUUUAUCUGUUAAUACAGGUGAAACAGCAACAUUUAUAUGUGAUUUACCAGAAAAAUAUUCAAACAAACAAGCGGAUUUCUAUGGACCCACGGGACGUUUAUUAAUAACAAAAACUGAUGAAGAUAUUGCAAGUGGCGAUCGAACACGAUUUAUACUUGAACAUACUUAUGCUUGGACUUGGUCUUUGAUUUUAUCUGAUGUAUCAGAUGAUGAUGCAGGAGAAUACACGUGUCGCGUUUCAUCUUCAUCUGUUGAUCAGACAUUGACAAUCAUCAAACGAUUUAAUUUAACCGUUUUGAGUAAGCGCACAUCCAUAUAUAAUCUCACAUACAUCUGUGACUUGAUUUUCGAUCAAGAAAAAGCGCUUCCGAUUGUUAUUUGAUGAGACAUAAACAAUAUCUUUUAACACCUACAAAUUUUUUUAUUCUAAUAUCUUGACGAGACAGUUUUUAUGUAACAGAAGACUCCCUAUAACAUUUUUUCACAGGUUUCAUUAAUCGAACUAUUAAACAUUUCACAUGUACACAUAUUUUGACUUUUUACUAAUGGUUAUAGUUCUAAUGUCUAGAAUCAAGUGUUUUGAAAAGUGGUAGACAGAUUUGAUUAAAUAUUCUUUUUUCUUUUUGGUUUUUUCAAAAAUUUUGAUUUUACUUCGAUCAUUUCGUUUAUUUAGUAAGAAUUUUUUUCCUGGUAUAUGCCAAAUAAUUUUUGGUUGUGGAAUUCCUCGAGCUGAACAUUUUAAAAUAAUUUGUUCAUUUUCUCGAAGUAUUUCAUUGUUAUUUGAUUCAAUUGUUAUAUCGAUUAUUUUUGGAGGUGCUAAAAAGACAAAAGAAUAUAGACAAAAAAAAAAAAAGAAUAUUUAAUCAAAUCUGUCUACCACUUUUCAAAACACU